AUGACCAAGUCGAAGAAGCAAACUAGGUACAAGCGCAGUCGACCCAGUCCACUGUCAACAAAGACGGGUGCUGCUGCAUCUGCAGCUAGUUCAUUCAUCGAGAAUGAACUGCCACUGGACAAUGCUGCAAACCAGCAAACCAUUCCCAUCCUAAAAAAGCUAUCGUCUUUGGAUGUGGAUGACCGAGCUUGGACGGCAUCAGCAAUCGCACAUUUGGCUGCUGAAAAUCCUCAAACUCGACAGCUGAUGCUCGCUAAUAAUGUCAUUGGAGAACUCUCAAAGGCUAUGGCUGAUCCAAAUCCUGAAGUCGCCGUGGAAAUCAUUGGAGCCUUGAGAAAUUUGGCAUUGGAUGACGAAGUCUCUGUCUUGGAAGAGAUGAUGAAGAAGAAUGUGUUUGACUUGCUCUUGUCACAUCUGAAUCGAAUAGCUCAGACGAUAACACCAUGUUCGACUGUGGAUGCAUCACUCCAUGACAAUUCCAAAGAGAUACCUCUGUAUCGGUUGGCAGAACAAUGUCUCUUGCUUCUCCAACUUUUUAUCGAAACACUCGAAGGAGCUCUCUCUGCUGUGACCUCAUCACCACCCAUACUCGCCUUCAUGGUCUCCACCAGCUUCCCAUCCCGGAAAAUACCAAUACCAGUCAUUAAGGCUUCCCUACAGUGUCUCAACGUUCUGACUGACGAUUCCGAAAACACACUACUAUCAAUCUCACUACAUACAUCCCAUCCAGACUUGAUUGCUUCCUUGAUGGAAGUAGCUGCGUCUGGUGCCAGUCAACCAGAUAACCAAUCCUUCUCGGUUUACGACGACGAGAAUCGAAUGAUGGUUCGAGUCUUGGCAGCCAGUAUCGUAUAUAAUGUCGCCAGUGCAACUUCCACAUCGACAUUGAGUAGUAGAUCUCAAGUCAUGAUGAAUGCUGUAAUACCAGCUACUACAUCUGCCUUGUCGUCACUCGACGUUGCCGUCACUUUGGCCAAGGCUGUUGAAUUGGAACAAGAGUUUCAAGUGGAUGUGGUUAGUAAGGCACCAGUGACACCACAAACAACUGAGGAUGGUGAUAUGCAGAUGGGCCAUGAUCAUGAUGAGGAAGUGGCUACUUCCACCAAAGUGUUGAAAGCUCAGACUGCUAUUGCAAUACUGGAAUCGCAUUUCCUCACUGUCCAUUAUGCUCUGGAAGUCUUGGCUAACGCUUUGGGAGAUGAUGUCAAUCAACGAGGUUGGGAGGAUGUGAAUGGAGAUCAAGACGAUGUAGACCCCAUGGAUGCAGCUGUUGAAGAAGAAGAAGAUUCACAAGAAUCUGACUCAGCAGCAUUUAUAACUCAAAUAAUGACUUCAACAGCACCAUCUCUCUUCCCACUCUUGGCUCAAUUGUCUCAAAUUGAGUCAUCAACCACCAUAAUACCAGCAUCAUUAGCUGCAUCUGUGCAAGGAACUCGAGUCCGAGCCUUGUCGUGUCUGGAGACUUUGACUAUGGGUGUUGACAAGUCAUGGUUUGCUAGUCAGAGUAGUAGUGAUAUCGCAACCAUGUGGACUUGGUUGAUUGAUAUCGCCAAUCGUACCACUAGCAAUACUAGUAAUAGUGCUGUUGCUCCGGUGGUUGAUUUGGAAGCUUUGGAGGGUGCUGUUGGUAUCAUGUGGGCUAUGAGUCGAGGGAUUAGUGGAUUGAAGAUGGAUAUCCCAUACACGAACCAACAACUAGAUGCGCUAAUAGCCCUAUGUACAACUGCAACAAAUCCACCAUCCCUCAUCAUCAAAUCACUGCACGUAUUAUCCCUACUGGUAAAUCGACCAGACCGCAUCCCCGAAAACCGUCAAGUAGGAUUACUGUUACUUGCUCUGAUUGCAGGCAGUCCGUCUACCGAAGUAGUGUUUGAAGCCCUGGAUGCUAUAUUUGACGUGUAUUCGGAUGCAUCGUUUGAUUAUGAUGAGCCGGUGUUUGUUGGAUGUGACUUUUUGAGGAGGUUGAAGGAUUCGGUGCAGGCUGUGCGAGUCAAGAUAAAAGGUGUAGAUAGGAAGCGGGAUGGGACAUUGUAUGCUCGAGGUCGUGAGGCGCUUGAUAAUCUGGUGGCUUUCAUUCAAUAUAAAGAGUCUGAACGUGCUGCUGCUUCAAGAUAG